GGACAAGUGCAAGAGCCGGCCUUCCAAAAUUAGGCCGAGGUUAUUCUCAUUUCCUCUACAAAGCUACCGCACCGCAUAUAAUCGGGGGACAACCAAAGCUAUUUCAUUCUCUAACUCCAUUCAACGACCGCAUCGGCUGUAAACUCGGAAGCGAACAAGCACGCUGCAUCACUCCGCUAUGUCUGCGACGAAACCCAUCAACCGCAUCACGCUUUUUAAGAUCCCUGACGCGGAGGAUCAAGAGAAGCUUCUAGCUGUCUACAGAGAGAUGCCCAAGAACGCGAAAAAGGAUGGAAAGCCGUAUGUAAUUUCCGUUACUGCUGGACCGGCUUUCCCAGAUCAACGAUCUCAAGGGUAUACAGUCGCAGCGGUUUCUGUAUUUGCAUCUAAAGAAGAUAUGGUCUACUACGAUAAUGACUGUGCAGCUCAUGCGGCCUUGAAGAAGGUUGCAAAGUCUGUACAUCAGGGUGUCAUGAUGGUUUACUUUGAGAACAGAUUCAAUUAGUGGCAACUAUGCGUCUUUGUACAGCUGCUGGUACUUUCUCAACCUCGAUUGAAGUAGAAAAAGCAAUUCAAUAGACCCAAGCAAUAUUUCAAGCUAUUGCAAGUUUGCAUCCGAC